UCGAGGGCAGUGAGCGCCUGGGCUCCGCGCAAGUCCCGGAGGGCACGGGCAUUUGACGGCGACCAGGGAGAGAGCCGGCAGGCAGGACCAUGUGGCUGCUCCCACCCCUGCUCCUCCUCAUCGUCCCAGGCUGCUUCUCCAUGUCUGGUCCGUGGUCCGUGAGCGGCCCCAGGGGGGGCUCGGCGACCAUUCAGUGUCACUAUGACCCAGGCUGGGAAAGCUACUCUAAGUGGUGGUGCCGCGGAGAGGCCUGGGGUUCCUGCAACACCCUCCUUAAAACCACGGGGUCCGACUGGAUGGUGAGGAGUGGCCGCAUGUCCAUCCAGGACAACCACUGGAGGCACAUGUUCACCGUGACCAUCGAGGAGCUCCGGGCAAGCGACCAGGACGUCUACUGGUGCGGGAUCGAGAAGUCAGGAACCGACAUGGGGCACCAAGUGCGCGUGUAUGUUGGUCCAGCUCUACCUGUGACAACACACUCGGCUGAACUUGAGACAACAGAUAUGACUGAACUGACGUCACCAUACCCGGCUGUAUCUGUGACAGCAACCGCAUCGGUCAGUCUGGCUGCCUCGCCUCCAAUCGCCCAGAGCAGCAACAGCAGCAUAGCUCUCACCAGAUCCCUCACCAGGUUCCUGCUCUGCAACCUGCACGUGGUGCUCCUGACCGUCAUCAAGGUGCCCCUGCUUGGGGGCCUGCUGUGCGCCCUGAUGUGGCUGAGCAGGAGCCAGGGGACCCCAAGGGGAAAUAAAUCCGUCUUCGCAGGAGACCACAGUCCCCACGCCAUCAAGACCCUUGCCUGGGACUAGCAGAACCCCCUGCCGUCUUAUCAGGGGGUGGGCAGUGGCUGCAGUUCCAGGAGAGAGGAGGGCCGCUGCUGCCCCAAGGACCCCCUCAUCCUGGCCUCGGGAAUAGUCGGCUGCCCCUCCCGGCACAGCUCCGGACCCUGGUCUCCACCGAAGGAGCAGAGACAGGAAAAGCGGGGUGCUCCCUCAUGCCCUGGGUCCUCGGAGCACCUGCAGUCAUACCUGUGUGGAUGCCUCAUUUCCUUGUGACUCUACUGUGGCUCUGCCCAAGGUCAUGGACCACGACACUGUCUGAGGCUCCGGCCAAUAAUGGAAGCAAGAGUCCAGACCAACCGAUAGGUACAAAACCUGAAUUAAACCCAAAAGCUCAGAGUGUGUCUAUAAGGGCAUAGCCCCCAGCACCACCACCGCCACCGCCACCACCACCACCGCCGCCAU